UUCAGCAAGGAAGCAUUUGAAUGCUCAUUUGAGAAAUGUGCAUAAAAUUCAGCCAGGUGAAGAAGGUACGAUAAAGUGCUCAAAAAGUGACUGUAGCUUUAAAUGCAAUUUCUUGGCUAAGUUGCGCCUACAUGUGGAGCAGGAGCACAUGGUUGAGAUGGUAAAAGAAAUUAGUGAAUUUCAAACGAAGGACGACUUUAUGAAGUGGAAGUCUGAGGAGGAGAGAAAAACAAAAAGUAGUUUUGUCUCUAGUUAUGGCACUAAGCGUUUAAAGGAUGGCACUGCAAAAACCACCUUUGUAUGCCACAGAAGUGGCACAUUUUCUUCGAAGUCAGGUGGCAAAAGGUUGUGUAAGUCCCAGGGCACUUGCAAGAUGGGAAACCAUUGCGUUGCUGCCAUAGAGCUUCACGAAGAAGAAAGUGGAAUCUGUAGUGUCAUUUACUACAGAACACAUUUCGGCCACGACCAGAACAUUGCUUUUCUGCAUCUCAGUGGUUCUGAUAGAGAAGCCAUCGCUGGCAAAAUUGCUGAGGGGGUCACUUUCCAGAGAAUUCUGGAUGAUGUGCGGGACUCAGUUCAUUCCAGCGGAGUGGAGAGGCUGCAUCUCCUGACUCGACAUGACCUUCAUAACAUUAAGAGAGACUUCGCCAUUGGUGAUGAUCAACAGCAUAACAUUGAUGAAGUCAGUGUUGGUAUGUGGUUGGAGAAAAUGAAAGACUGUGUUCUCCUCUAUAAGAAAGAAGGCGAGGCCAGGGAAGAUUUUGAUAGGACUGACUCGGUGAUAGUGUUAAUGACUGACUACCAGAAGCAGUUAUUACAGAGAUUUGGACAAAAUAUUGUAUGUGUAGACACCACACAUUGUACAAAUGUUUACAAACUGUUGGUGACCACAUUGUUAGUGGUAGACGAUUUUGGUUCAGGUAUGCCUGUAGCAUUCUGUGUUUCAAAUCGGGAGACUACUUCCAUAAUGACUCAUUUCUUUAGUGCUGUGAAAGAGAGAGCUGGCAUCAUAAAAACGUCUGUAUUCAUGUCCGACGACACUAAUACUUUCCGUAGUGCAUGGUCACGAGUCAUGGGACCUGUAGAAAAUAAUCUACUGUGUGCUUGGCACAUAGACCGCAGCUGGCGGAAUAAUUUGAAGAAAGUACAUGGCAAUGAAGAAAAGAAAGCACUUGUGUACAAAGCUCUUCGUACAUUGCUUGAAGAAGCGGACAUAGACAAUUUUAAUGAGCUGCUGGAAUCGUUCGUCGGGCAGCUUCAAGCAGAUGAAGGUAAUGUGUCCACAGAAAUCCUGAAGUCACUACAGAAGGAUGCAGCUCAUUCGCUGUCACUUUUUCAAUCAGACUGCAGGGAAGCUUCACGACCCCCCAGCAACGAGAAGGUAAAAGUGCAACGAAGACAUGGUAAAUGUAACAAACAGCCAAAGGGCAGUUUGAAGAAACCAACUCUUGCUGAAAAAGAAAAUAUUGUUUCAGCACUGAGGCAGCCUGAAAGUGAAAUAUUAAAUGUUCACGUAGAUUCUGACCAUAAUUACUGUCGGUACUAA